UAGAAAUAUCCACUUUAUUUAUACAGCUUACUGCAUGACAUAUGAAGAUAUAUGAACACAUGGUCGACAGGUAAUGGGGAGUUAAAUUUUUCCCAGUGAUGGUCAUUCUUAUGAGCAUUAAACAUGCUGUGUGCUCCCUUUGCAUGAUGUUGCAUGUUUGUUCAGGGCUUUGUGGCCAGGGUAUGAAUGCUGGCUCACUUUGGCUAUUGUUCUGUGCCAGCGAGGGGGGGGGUUGGUGGCAGCGAAUUAGUGCUGAGUGUUUAACAGUGUGACAUGGUGGUGUGAAUCAGCUGCAGUAUCUCUCAUUGUGACACUGUGACCUCAGUAGAUGGGUCCCUCUCGGCAGUCCAUAUCACCGUACCACCUCAAAGGCAUGGAGUGUGAGUAGCGAUCACCUGUCAAAAUGCAGGAAUCUGCCCUGACCAUGGAUGGGUACUGUAACAACGUACCAGCCUUCCUCACCAAGCUGUGGACGCUAGUUGAAGACCCUGAAACCAACCACCUUAUUUGCUGGAGUGUGAAUGGAACCAGUUUCCAUGUCUUUGAUCAAGGAAGAUUUGCCAAGGAAGUCUUACCCAAGUAUUUUAAGCACAACAACAUGGCCAGUUUUGUGAGACAGCUGAAUAUGUAUGGAUUCAGGAAAGUGGUGAAUAUUGAGCAGGGUGGGCUAGUGAAACCAGAAAGAGAUGACACAGAGUUUCAGCAUCUCUACUUCUUGCAAGGGCAUGAACAUCUCCUGGAGCACAUCAAGAGGAAGGUAUCUGUUGUGAAGAGCGAGGAGACAAAGCUUCGACAUGAAGAUGUGAGCCGACUGCUGUAUGAAGUCCAGUCCCUACGGGGACAGCAAGAGAACACAGAGUGCCAAAUACAAGACAUGAAACAGCAGAAUGAGGUCCUAUGGAGGGAAGUUGUCUCCCUCAGACAGAACUACUCACACCAACAGAAGAUAAUCAGUAAGUUAAUCCAAUUUCUGUUUGGGCAGCUGCCUCCCGGGCCCACCAGCGCUGGAAUAAAGAGAAAGAUUCCUCUGAUGUUGGACGAUGGAAACUCUGCACUCCCACUUUCCAAAUUCAGUCGGCACCUUCCUGUGGAUUCCCUCCAUGACCCAUAUUACAUCCAAUCACCAAUGGCAGAUCCUGCCUCUUCAUUAGGCAGCUCUACAGUCAGUGCUGGACCAAUCAUAUCUGAUGUUACAGAGACGGCAUCCAGUAGCACAGCAACUGCCCCAUCCACCGCCGAUGGGGAAAGGGAGAAGUGCCUUCUGCUGAUUAAAGAAGAACCCAUUAGUCCAGGAGUGAAGGCAACUGCAGAUCCAGACAUCUCCCUGAGCAAUUGCAAUUCUUGCUCUGACCCACCUGUUCUUCCAGUGGCAAUGGUCCAGUCAAUACUGGAAGGGAAGGAAAGCUGCAGCUCACCCCAGGCAUCCGUAUCUCAGCAGCUGGAAGGACAGGGUCGAAGGAAUCCACUGGAGAGGUCGGACAUCUCAGAUCCCUUGGAUGGAGCCGAUGUCAGUCUGGAGGGUCUACAAAUGCUUCUCAGAAGUCAUCAUUAUAACCUGGACUCAUCUACUGUCCUGGAUAUGUUCAGCACUGGUCUUUGUGUGAGUGAAUGGAGCCUUCCGACAAUGGACACCAGUCUAUCACAGGUGCAGCAACUCUCGGUUGGUUUAGAGAAGAAUGUGGCUGAGUUGCCGCCAAAGGGCCUCAAUCCCGCAUUCAGCUCUUCCUGUCAAGGCAAAAAUUCUGAUCUUGAGAGCUCGGCUCCUUUCCUUUCAGAGGAGAUGGUGAAUCUUGCCGGAUCAUCGGCUCUGUUUGCCGCAGAAGACGGUGUGGUUUCCUAUCUCUCUACAGGGGUAAUUCCAGGAGAUGCGUCGUUGGACCUACACCCUACAGAAGAAAGGAACGAGUGACAUCAUAGGGCUGACCAAACUGCAUGGAGAAACUAGAUUGGCUUUGCACAGGGGUACUGCAUGUUCAAGGAUGAAAAUGAACCUUCUGCAAUUUAUGGUUAAACAAGGUUUCUCUAUAGACCUAGGUCUGCUAUGUUAAUUAACGGGUCU